ACUGAGGUUAAUUGAGCCGACGCUACGCCACGAAUGAUUUGUCAGCGGUAAUUUCUUUCUCUCCAUAGCUCUUUGUUUAUAUUUUGUCCAAGAUGGAGGACGUUCUGGUUGAGUCGAUGAAUCGCUAUGCAAGUCCUAUUAAUCCAGCUGUAUUUCCACAUCUAACGAUAGUAUUGCUGGCUAUUGGGAUAUUCUUUAUGGCAUGGUUCUUCGUUUAUGAAGUAACAUCCACAAAAUACACCAGAGACAUCUACAAAGAACUCCUCGUUGCACUUGUUGCUUCYCUCUUCAUGGGUUUUGGUGUUCUUUUUCUGCUUCUCUGGGUUGGAAUAUAUGUAUGACAUCUCCAUUUACAUCACAUUUUUUAAUGGCAAAUACAACAACAACAGCAAGAAUGAUGUGAAGAGCAAAGUAUAAACAAAAUAACUAUAAUUCUUGUACAAUUUGUUAGYAAAUUAAUGUAUUAAUAAAAAGUUUUAAUAUUCAG